UGGUGUAAAUACUUUAUGGCCUCGAUUGUUGUCCUUCCCAAGUGAUAUUAUGAAUGGGAAAAAUAUCUGACAUUUAUCAUAGGAUUAUUACGACAGAAACGAUUUUAUAUCAAUCAUAAUGACUCAGUAAUAUUGCUUUUUAUCUGCUUUUGAAUAUUUUACAUGGUUGAAAUAAGUGCUCAAAACAGUAUAUCAAAGUUGAAUAAGAUUUGGUUAAUGGAUUACAAAUACAUAUGACUUGGUUUGAACUUUUGUACGGUGGAUGGAUUAUUUGCAAUAUAAACCGGACGAUGUUCUUUCCUAGUUGAGCUUGAAAAAAGGCUAUCGACCGAUCGACAAAAAGGAAAGAUUUACGCUGGAAAGUUGAUCGAAACCAAACAAGAACAUCGUAGUAGCCUUUGUGAGCGCUUCGUGCAAGCCAGUCGAUUCAUUCUAAUGGAUUAUUGUUACAACGCUCAGGAGAACUAAAAUCGGAAAACGAGGUUAACAUCAUUUCUAAUAUUCGGGCGCUCUAUACAUUUUACUAGAUAAUUGUAGGAAAUUGUUUGAAAGAGUGGAGAUAAUUGCAAGAAAUUGCAUCGUAAAUCGCUGUUUGGUGCCAAAAUUGAAAGAGAGAUAAAGUGAUAAAGCAUGAAAAUUUGCUCUCGCACGUGUCUGGAAAAGUGAACAGCUCAUCAGUACAUAUUUGAAACGAGCGCACACUUUUAUGUUACAAAUUGUCUAUUCAUUAAACGAUUACGCGUUUUGAUCACAGAGAUCAAAUCAUCUGCAAAUUAUUUGAAUAAUUGAAACAAGAGGUCCAUUCAUUAUACGAAUUUGUUUGCAAAAUAUUUGAAGAUUUCAAAAAAUAAAUACACGCUACAUAUAGCAAGUGGUAUAUUCAGUGCACGAUUACGUGUUUGGACUGGAAAAUACAUCGUCUGCAAUCUUUUUGAAGAAUUGAAACACGAGUACAGUCGAGUCAGUGUUUCGUCCAUUUAACGAUAAAAGCAUGUCACCCAGGGAAUUGACAUCAAAGGAAUAAUUGUAGCCGACAUCAAAUAGUUGUUACCGCACGUGGAGGGUCACGACACCACAGUAUGUGACACGAUGCUGAAACUGACUUCCGGGAAGUUAGUCACGUGGGGCAAACGUCUGACGUCAUUACAUUCCUAUAUCCUCUUAUCUGCCGUCAUGUACACAGUGUUGUCGUCGUCAACGUACCAGCUUCCGGUGUAUAACGACACCCCAUCCAACAUCACUGUGUACCGGGGAGCUCGCGCCAUCCUCCGCUGUUCUGUCAGAAACCUAGGGCCAAAACAGGUGAUAUGGAAAAAGGCGAGCUCCGACUUUGCACUUACAUUCGGAGACAUGGUUUUCGUGGACGACCCGGAUAUAAGCGUGGUACACGUGCCCCAUCAGGAGGAGUAUAACCUUGUUAUAUCCAAUGUGCAGCCGCACGACGCAGGGGUAUACGAGUGCCAGAUCUCCACAAAGGAGGACCUCAGAAAAUAUGUGCUGCUCAAUGUGUUAGAUCAAACUGCUCCAAGUUCAGAAGCUAUCAAAAUCACGGGCAAAAGUUAUGUAGAAAAAGGUGAUCAAAUUAUAUUGACAUGUAAUGCAACCGGUGAACUUUAUCCGCCGGAAGAUAUUGACUGGUUUAAAGAUGGCAGUAAAAUAAAACCUAACCAGUUCAAGGGUAUCAGCAUAGCGAAAUUCCGGAUUGCGGAGACAAAGACCCUACAUAGUCAGUUGGAGAUAGAUCAUAGCAGUAUGGACGACAGUGGGAACUACAUCUGUAGAAGCUCCGAGUUAGCAAUAACAGACAAGAGUGUCAUUGUUUUAAAUGGGAAAUAUGAUCAGAAUAUCAAACCUCGAUCUCAAGAUAUGACUCAAGAUACGCCUGAUAUAGCAGAAACAAACCACAGUAAGAGGGACAACAAUGAUCCAGCAGCUCCAAUGUCGAGCGCCGCGUGCACGAUAUCGUCCCUCUACAGACACGGAAGGCUGUGUACGUGUGCAUUGACGUUCUUGUGCUGCGUACUUAUCGUCUCCAACAUAUGCCAGAGACACUGGGUGUUUGGCAGUUAUAUCUGAUCCGGAACAGCAAAGGGAUUUUUGAAACGUAGUUGAUUUAACACUGAUUAAAUAUGUGUGUUUCAACGCGCUGUGAAAAACACGUGAAUACUAGUAUUCACUAACAAAACAACGUGUGUGUGUAUAUGUAAAGGUUCUAUGAUUGUUACCACGAGUGCAUUAUACUAUGUCUGGACACUCAUUCGGAGUGAGGAAUACGGAUGCAAUGGUUUAUUUCUUAGCCAAUCAUGUUAAAUGUUACCUUAACUAAAUCUAUCGUGAUGCCAGUUUUAUCGUUGAAUAGAACAUACGAUGUGUGAUUGGAAUGCGCCUACACUUUUAAAGUCUAAGGCCAGAAACAAUCUUCUCCCUACCUUUCGUAUACGGGACCUUGGCGAAGGUAGUGUGUUUCUAUUUGUGAUCUUUUGAAAAAUUGUUGAACCAGUAAUAGAGAAUAUCGAGUUUAACAGAAAAUGAGACUUGACGUGUGAAUGGAAUCCCUAUUGUGAUGGGAGAAAACAACAAACAGAGUGUGAUUGAAACGGGUACUACCAAAAUAACUGGUAUAUCAAUUAGUAGUUGGCAUAGCUCAUUACAUUGAUCACUUCAUUAAUUUCUAAUAAUAGAUUCAGCCAGGUCAGAUAAUCAAACCUUCUUAACAAGAGCGCAAUGUGCACAUAAAAAGAUUUUACCAAUGAUCGUCAUCUUAAGGAGUAAAGCAAAUUAGACAAGAUAUGCAGCUUUUUGUUUCGCAAUAGUUGAAUAUAACCUUAAACAAAUAAAAUACGAAUCUGAUAAAAGUCGAAGAGAAUCGACAAUUACUUCCCGGACCAAAACUCAAUAAUUACAAAAAACAUUUAUUAUAUUCAUGAAAGGUUUAAGUAAUUAAAAAAAUCGUUAUAACUAUGGUUUAAUAAAAAAAAAACAAUUCAAAGACGCAUUUUUGUAUAGUGUCAUUAUAACAUCGAGUUACUUGUUUUUGGUACUUGCUAUGGCGUGACGUCAGCAGGGUGAAAUACGACCGUAUUGCACUAGGGGGAAUACAUAUAAAAUAUUCUGUGGAAUGUAGUGCUUGCAAAAUCGUGGUGCAAAAACAAACAAAUAAUGCUAGAUCUUAACUUGGUUUGUGCAUUGUACUAAUGGUCAUUCACUAGGUGUUAAUAAUCCAUUGUGGGUAAAAAAAGUACAAUAGAAAAUUCUGUACAUAUCGAUUUUCAGAAGAUAUAGAAACAGUUUCAUUAACGGCAAAGGCGUACAAGAUGGGAUCAUUGGUAUGCUUAAAAUAGUCAUAAAACAUCAUGACGAUUACUCAACAACACACCUUAUUUUGAAUCAAAUACAUGUCAAUCAUUUAAUUCUUAAUGAAAGUUUGCUAUGUUAUGAUUUGAUUAGUUUGUACUAUUGUUGUAUUGUAUGAACAUUUUGUUAUAGCGUGUUUAUGUUCACAAGUAUGUACAUAGCGAUACUAGGUCAAUGUUCCCUGGUUUCCCCGAAACGUUUUCCACCAUUCCAACCUCAUUACAUGCCAAACGAUUGUAACAAAACUAUUAGAUAAAGCUUAUUCAUUUUCAAUCUUGGCAUUCUAUUUGGCAUGAAAUGAAACUGUUACGAUAGUUUUCAUAUUAGGGCCGAUGUCUUGAUAUGGAUCCCUUUUAUAAUACAUAAUUUUGUUGAAUGAUUGGUAAAGGUACAACAAUACUUAUAUUGUUGUGGAUCAAUAUGCAACUGAAAAGUGUUAACAACAGAUAUGUCUUGUGUCAUAAUAAUACAGGUUAAUAAUACAGAAAAAUGAAUAUGUUCAUUUUAUCGACUGUGACAUCACUCAGUGUUAAAACAUAUUGUUUUCAAUGAAUCUCUCCGUCUGUAUAUUGUUAUACUCGACGCAAAUAAAAUCCAUGCAUUUAGCAGCAUUUACAAUACAUAAAUAUUAAGUAUCGGGUUAAGAACUUACUGUUUCGUACAACACCUCAUGUUUGCAUAUAGGUUUAGAAUUCCGACGCUUUCAUACAUCGAAUAGUGGCAUUGUCAUUCCACCCGCAUCGAACGAUCAUAUCUUUGAGAGUGUAAACAGAACGCAUUUCCAUGUUUAUGUAAGUAACAAAACAACUUAAUUUGAACUAUCAGACUGCUCUGAAAGAAGCAAUUUAUUCGCGGUGAUUCAAACCCAUCUGUCUAUUCUAGUUUGGUUGGUGAUAUCUGCAUUCUUUUUAUAGAUAUAACAAAGCCUAAUUAAAUGUCAUCUUAAUUGCUAAUUCAAGAAAAUGCCGAAUUUAGGUAAUGUUUGAAUUUGGUAUUAAUUUCUAGAAGUUAUGAUGGAUGUGUUGAGAAUGUGUUUGCCUAAAACAGACAAACUUUAAUCACAAGUGAAGUCUGUAUUAUUAACGUAACCGAUUGUAUCCCUUUGUUAUAGUACAGCACUGCAAUGUUUAGUGUUUGAUUUUAAUACUUUGUUUUCCAAACCUUAAGUACGAUCCAAGAAAAGUGCAUUUAUAUUUAUUUGUGCAUAUAUGUAAAUACUGCUAGCAUAUAAUUUGUACAUACAUGUUCACCAUUUGUAUAUAUAGACUCAUGAAAUAUGU